CUUUGUUAUUCCAUUCAAAGUUUACACAAAAUUCAAGAAAAUUUUUCUCAGUUUUGGAUCGAAAUGGCGUCCGGGAUCGUGCUUUCCUUCCGUCCGGCGGUGAUCCGGCCUUGCGCAGCGGCUACCGGAGACGAUCGUCGGCAGAGGAGCUUGGGUACAAGCGUUGGUGGAGGAAGCGGUGGUGGAUGGUGGGCCCCGUUGUUCGGGUGGACGGCGGAGCCGGACUAUAUCGAGGCCGGCGAGCGCGGAGCUGGAGUAGGAGAAGAGGAAAGGAGUGGAUCGAAGCCGGCGAGGAGGUUCGCGGCGUUCACGGAGGAGAAGGCGAAGGAGCUGAGGAUAAGAACUAGGGAGACAGGGAGCUUCCACGAUACCAUGUACCACUCUGCGAUCGCGUCUCGGCUCGCCUCCGAUCACCCACGCAAAUCCUAGGGUUUCUUAUUGAAGCCUUAUAAAUCCUAAAUCCGUCGACAUUAUUAUGAAGUUUGUUUUGGGAUUUCGU